UGGGUCGCCUCUCCUCCCAGGGAGCUCCCCCUGCCCCACGCGUGUCCUCUCCUCUUUAGGAUACUCCCCUGGCACGGUAACUGGGUGUCCCCUUCCUCCCCGCCCGCCAGCUCCUCUUCGCCUGGGCUGCUUCCCGUGAACUUGAUUCCUUGUUUUGCUGCAGUGUCAUUGUUAUUCCGCACUCGCCUGCUGACGUCACAGCACCCCCUCCUCUCAUGACGUCAUUCGGCCACCGCUUCUCUUUAUGAUGUAGAAUUUCUCCAGUUUCUCCUCAGACACCUCCAAAGAAGCAGGAAGCCCGGAUACCCCGAACUGCUGCUCCCCCACUGGAUCCCCACCCCCCUUCUUUGACCACUUCAAGACCCCCACCAGGGACCGCGGGACCCCCGGGUGCACACAGUGCAUGAAAUUUAGAGCGGGACAUUGUGAUCACCUACCGCAGGACAUAUCGAGCCCAUAACCCCCUCCCCCACUGCCCACCGUCUGCUGCCCCCAAAAAUCCCACAUACCCCAGCCUGCCCAACUACUGUUGCUCUGUCCCCCAUUACCCAUUGCCCACGCUCUGUUGCUCUCUGCCCCAGGAUUCCCUGAACCUCCCAGCCCACCCUGAAGGAUUUCCUAGUCCUGGUGCUGCUAGCCAUGUCUGAGAUCCUGCCCUACAGCGAGGAUAAGAUGGGCCACUAUGGCUCCGACACAGAGGUGGGGCAAAUAUCGUUCAGCUGUCGCCUCCAGGACACCAGCUCCUUCUUUGGGGGGAACCAGCAGAAAAGACCUCCGAAACUGGGGCAGAUUGGGCGAGCUAAAAGAGUGGUUAUUGAAGAUGACAGAAUAGACGAGGUGCUGAAGGGGGUGUCGGACAAGUCUCCCUCCGGAGUAUAAGGUGGAUAUGUUUGCUCUCCAAUGCUCACUAUCCUCCCCGAUUUGUAAGCACUUUUGGCUGUGCAUGUUUGUGGACAUGGAGAAGAAGAAAAGGCUUUGAGGCUGCUGGCAAAUCUCCACCCUCCACCUUGAUCCAGAACCUUUGCAGGUCUCCUGUCGGUGCCAUCCGGUUCAUCACUCCACUAAGUCCCGGUUAAUGACCUCCAAAGUGGAGUUGUCCAUUUCAGCACCAUCAUUUAUCCCUUGUCACUGUUCUUCAUUCUGGGCUGUGGGGCAGUGAUAUGUUUCAGCCCAUGUUAAAGCCAACCCCAGAAAGUAGUGGUUGCUGAUCUUCUCAGCAUAUACCUGUGUGCCAAGAAGGUGCUUGUAGACUUGAGCACCAAGGAGUUUGUGUCUACCAACUCCAAACCUUGCCAGGUGCUGCCUCCUCCUCCUGCCUCUUAAUGUACCCCAGGGGGCUAUAGGUUGCUAGUUAUGCACUUUAUUUGGACAAUGUUCUGUGUCUAGUCAGUAGUAAUCUUUAGACAAGUAGACAAUUGGUCUAUCUUCCCUCCUUUAUUCUAACUAAAAAUAUACACACACGUUAUAU